UAAUCAAUAAAAAUGCAAGGUGAUACCACGAUGGAGGACAUGAGAAAUAACUUGAAGUCUGUAGUGACUUCUAAUCUUCCCAAACCCUCGACUCGAGAUAAAAAUGUAGGAAGAGAAAUCCUGGCUAUUCUUGAUAUAUUUAUUAACACAAAGAUCACCAAUUCCUUUCUGAUAUUGAUCUCAUGUAAGAACAGCGUAAAGGACAGUGACUUGAUGAAGUCAUUUAAGAUGAUUAUUAAGAAUACUAAAGAACUGAGUUAUAUCCAAAAUAGGCACAUUCAUGUAACAGCUGCUUUAGAUAGUCCAGAGACUCGAAGAGUUGAGAAAUUUGACCUUGAGAAAAAGCUUAAAAAAUUGGGAAGGCUAAAAUCGAAACUUGAAGAUGACAUUUACCAAUCGUUUCUCACAUUUGCAGAUCUGCUGAAUGAGAACACCAAAGAUCCAGGAGGAAAAUAUACAAACUUUCUUCCCUACUGCUGCCAAUUCCUUCUUGAAGCUCUAAACUCUGAAUGAGUUUCAACUCCCAGCAAAGAAGAAAGAAAAGAGGGAUCCUGGGUUUCACCUUAUUCAGAGAUUUCCAAAAUGGCUAGGUUUAGCUUUGAAGUGGAAUUCCAAACUAUAAAAGGACCGAAGAUUGCCCAGCUUGACCUACCUCUUGUUUACAGAAUGGAUGUAAAUGAAAUGGUGAGAAGACCUUUCACCGAUAUUUUAAAAGAUCACAUCGGAAAGCAUGUGCUCGACAGCUUAGUGAACCAAGGAAUUUCUAGAGAUUGAUGAGAUGAUCUUUCCCUCAGAAUCGUGAACCAACCUGAAAUAUUUAUCGUAGAAUUUGAGGGAUUUUCGGAAGAUGAUAAGACAUCUAUAUCAUCAACUUCGAAUUUCUACAAGCCAAGAGCAGAGUUUGCCUCCUCCAAACAGAACCUUGAUUUGUUCUGAAAAAUAAUGAAGAAAAAUGAAUUUACUUUAAGCGAUCUGUUCAAAAUCCGAAAAGAUGACAAGAUAGUAAAGGAGUAUUACCCUAAACAUGUUGUACUCUGGAACACAGCUUAUGAGUGCUCUGAAGUCUACACUCUCCAAGCCUUCAGAUAUGAGGACGAGAGAGGGAAACAAUGAGUCCAAGGUUUCUUUAGUGGAACCUAUAACCUCAAAGAGGAUGUACAAGACUUCAGUGACUUGUUUGAAGAAAUAAAAUACAGAGAUGUAUACCCAACCCUGAUUAUAUUUGAGUGAUAUGAGACCCAUAAAUGAGAAGUAGAAGAAAGUCAAACUUCUGGAACCCAGUUCGUCAGAAUUAUCAAACCUCAAAGCAUCGAGAAUAAGUACACUUAUGAAGGUAAAGAUGAUGAUGACUUUGACUACUACGAAUGGAUGCAGGAAUCAAGAAGAGAAGCCGGAUCUUCACAUAAUGGUCCUAAAGAUGAUGAAUGGCAAUGAGAAUAUUGCACAAAAAUCAACACUAUGAGUAGCUACUAUUGCUACAAUUGAUUAAAAGACAACGAAAUUAUAAGAGAGUUGAUUUAUCAGAAAAGAUACUACAAGAAUCGGAGUCCUCCAAAAUAUGAAAGCAGGGAGGUAAGACCAGUUAGAGCUCGAAGAGAGUUGAACACGGAUAUCUCGAAUGAAGAAUCUGAACUCGUUAAUACAUUUAAGCCGAAAGAGAGAUUUAAUCUUCUCAAAGAUAAAUGGAUUUGUAGACACUGAAAUAUAGAAAAUUCUUAUCUUGUUUCCUUAUGAGAGAAAUGUUACAAGGCCAAGCAAAAAUGAGACUUAGAAGAGCCUCAUUGUCAGAAUUGUAAAAAGUCAUUGAGAAAGAAGACUCUUCCAAAGUGCAAAGAUUGUAGAGAGAGUAGGGCAGUUGACCCAAAAAGAAUGUCAAAAGAAAGACAAUAUAAAAACUUAGAGACUCACAAGAGUGGUUCCCUCUCCUUUAUGUGUUACCCUUGUAGAAAUAAGUAUAGAAGAAAUGAAUGGAUCCCAAUGAGCAAAAGUUAUUGUCCUAAGUGUUACGAUAAGAAGAUAUACAUGAUCAAAUGAAACCUGUGAAACCAAACUGCUGCCAAAUCUUCAGAAUUAAUAGGUCAUGAUUGAAUUAGAAGAGAGACAAGAGGUUUACAUGAACCAUCAAUGAUAAAAAGGAACACUUAUGUUGGUCCCAUGAUUGGAGGCAGAUUUUAAUUUUCUAGAUAAUUCAUCCCA